CCCACAGCUGUGCGGAAAUGACACAGCACGGGCGAGUACGGUCACGUCACGCGAGAAGGCACAGACACAAGAAAAACACAACAGACAAGAACACGGGCAACCCUUACGGCGUUUCUUUAAAUACUAUCCUUUAUUUGUCGCAUAGCUCACAUUUGCAUAUUCAUUAAAAUUGACUCAGAAAAUGAACUUUUCUGAGUAUGGGGAGGAUUCAGAGGGUGAAAUAUCAGAGAAAGAGAGAAGAGCAGUUCACUGUGUUAAAAUAGAAAGAAAAAUGGAGGAUACAGCUAUAGACUGCACAGCAGGGUGUAAAAUAACGGAAGGUCACAAGCUAAUGUUGCCAUGCACUAGUCUCCAGAUUACUAAAAAAAGGACCCAGACGCAGACACAGAUUGUGGAAGAUGGUCCAGGCAAUGAACAAGACAUGCCCACCAGUAAGAAAAAAAUCAAAUUUGCAGCAGAGGGAAUGUGUCAUGGGUUUAAGACUACUGAGCACCUGCAGGCAGUUCAGAGAAACAUGGGCUGCACAGGUACAUUGAGGCUUUCAAACAUGAUGUCCCUGAGUGAGAAUAAAGACUUUCCUAAUGAGAAAACAAAAGCUUCUUACAGGAAACCCCUGUAUAGUAUUUCACACAAAAUAACAGAGAAGAAAAACACUCCAGGCCUGGAUCAGCACACCUCACCGCAUGAACCCAGAGAAAGAGUGAACUACAACAGCCUUGUACUCCCCAAAAAAGUAGGGGAACACAACAGGAGGGAGCCCAGUGUGAUAGUGGCCACGCCAGAAACCACGAGCAGUGAUUCAAACGUGUAUUCUUUAAUAGAAAAGAUGUUUUUCAUUCUCAACACACUGAACUCCAGCAUGACGCAGCUUCACAGCAAAGUGGAUCUGCUCUCGCUGGAGGUGACGAGAAUAAAGAAGCGCAUCAACCCACCAGAGACAGUGGCAGAGUUCCACCCGCCCCCCGAGUACCAGCUGAACAGCGAGGAACUGAAGCAGCUGAUGCAGCAGACAUCCUUGCCCGGGGACCUUGCCUGCAGGUUGCUUGUGCAGCUUUUUCCAGAGCUCUUUACAGUCGAUGGUUUCAACAGGUGCUGCAACGCCUGCGGGAUCGUGAGCAAAAAAAAACUUGAUUCGCUUCACUUGCAGCUAAUCCGCAACUACGUAGAAGUGUGCUACCCGUUAAUCAAAAACGGUAAUGCAUGGCAGGUGGAGUGUCUGCCUCAAAUAAAUGACUUCUUUAACAGGUUCUGGGCACAGAAGGACAUGGAGAGUAGCCAGCAGUGUCAAAAAGCUGCACCAACAACACUAUGUUAUGAGCCAGAGCAACCUCAGGCUUGUCAUUACAUUGAUGAGGAAGGGCAAGAUGAGAGUUCAUCUUUGACAUCCAACAACAACACAGCCUCAGACUUGAUCUUAGAUACUCAGGAUGUUGUUGAAUAUCUUGAUGAAGCGUCGUCACCUGGAGAUUUUGCUGUUUACUUAAUGCACCGCCUUUUUCCAGAACUCUUUCAGCGAGGGAGAAUGACUGAGGGGUACAGUUGCUAUAGCGGUUCCGGGAAGCAAAGCCUUGACCCGCAGAGGCUGCAGAUAAUCCGGAAGUAUAUGGAAAUAUACUUCCCUGAUAUUCAAGAUGAGGAAAGUUGGAUUCAGCUUUGUGUGCAAAGAAUGGAAGAGGAACUUGGAGGCAUGCAUGCUAAUGGAAACGAGUCAGAGCACACCAGAGAUGAAAGCUUCGACUCAUCCAGUUUACCUGAUGAUGUGUCCAUUGUUAAAGUUGGAGACAGCGAGUUUGAAAAGCGAGGUAAGAGGUUUAAAAAGGUUUCCCUGGUACCCAUUGAUUUUGACAGCCUUGAAUUCCCACCUCCAGAUUUUGAAGUCCCUCCAGAGUAUGUUCUUACCAAAGAACAAAUCAAAAACAAUUACGAAUGUAGCUUAUCCAUCGGAAACUUUGCUUCCCACUUGCUGGUUCAGUUGUUUCCUGAGCUCUUCACUUCUGAAAACAUGAGGAAGUACUACAACUGUAGCGGAACCUUGGGGAAAAAACAGCUGGAUCCGGUCCGAAUAAAUCUGAUCAGGUAUUAUGUGCAGUUGCUCUACGCCCGAGCAAAAAAUGACAGGGUGUGGACUUUAGAGUUUGUUGGAAAACUGGACGAAAGAUGCCGCCGAAGGGAUACUGAACAGAGGCGCUCCUACCAACAGCAGCGCAAGGUAUACAUACCCGAGUCUGACAGUAGAGAUUUUGACGGUUUUCCUUUGAACACUGAGCGCUUCAGAGAGGAAUUUGAGGGACCUCCCUUGCCACCUGAAAGAAGCACAAAAGAUUUCUGCAAAAUACCACUGGAGGAGCUAGCCGUGCCCCCUGUUGAUUUUGCAGUCCCUUCUGUCUACCUGCUUUCCAAUGCAGAGAUUAGGGAGAUAGUGCAGCAGAGCCUGUCUGUCGGCAAUUUUGCUGCUCGACUUUUGGUAAGACUCUUCCAAGAGCUCUUUACUGUUGAAAAUCUCAGACUACAAUACAACCACUCCGGUGCUUGUAACAAAAAGCAGCUAGACCCAGUCCGACUAAGACUGAUCCGUCACUAUGUGGAAGCAGUGUACCCUGUGGACAAGAUGGAAGAAGUGUGGCAUUAUGAAUGUAUACCUAGCAUUGACGAGAGGUGUAGGAGACCAAACAGGAAGAAAUGUGAUAUACUAAAGAAAGCUAAGAGGGCCAAAGAUGCAUCCUAUUCAUGACAUUUUGAAAAUAUUAAUACUUUUGUAUAACAAAUAAAAUAUGAACUGUGGCAUAUGAAAAUGCACAGCAUAUUUCAAAAGUAAAUUCCUUUUUUUAAAUUUUUUGUAACUGUCCUCAUGAUUAUAAAAAAAGGUUAAAAAAUAUUGUAGUGCUUUACAGUACAUACUGGUAAGUUGCCAUAACAAAGUGACAACCUGAAGCAAUUUGAAACAAAAAACUCAACCAGUCUUCAGUUGUAUCGUAGGAUCAAUUUUAGCCCAUUUAUAAUAAUAAUAAUAAUAAUAAUAAUAAUAAUAAUAAUAAACGUUUUACAAUAGAUAACUAUUCUGUAUCAGGCAUCAUUAAAAAAAAAAGUAUUCUUUUCUUGGUUUAUUUUGCACAGAAGUUUGUAAACCAAAUAGGAAUGUAUCUGUCUGUAAAAGCUGAUGCUUUUUAUUAAAUAUAUUAUGAUAAUAUAUGUUUAGCCAGAUCAUACUUUUAUUUACUGGACUAAAUUUAAGUAAAUAGUUAGUAAACCUUACACGGAAUGUAGUCCUACUGUUAGGCUUGUCUCAAAUGGGGGGGAAAAAAAAAAAACAUGAAAGUGACUGUAUCUUUUGUAGUGAAAUUGAUCCUUAAAAUAUGUAGUUAAGGAGGAACAAACUUACCCCCAGAGGAAGUUCUUGAGGUAUUUGCGAAUUUAAAUACAUUGGAGAAUUAAUCCCUACAAGUACAUUGUAAAAACACCACUUUCUUUGACAGAAUGUUUUUUUUUCGUGUAGAUGAUCGUUUGCAAGGGUAUUUACUGUAUACUACAGAAACAUCUUAUAGACCAAGACAAAGUCAUUGAGAAUGGUGGUCUUUAAAAAAAAUGUCUUAAUUUGUUUAUACUAAUUAUUACAUGUAGGUUUUAUACCAUUAAAGGUAACUUUUGCAGUUACUGGUAAUAUUCAGAACAAUCAUUAAGCAUAAUAAUCCUGUUGGCCCAGUUUAGGUAGAAGCAAAUACUGUAAGCCUAUUUAAUAACAUUACUGUCAAUUACAGUCUCUCUUUAGUUGAUAUGUAACAGAGCAUCCCAGGGGGCUUUACAGUAAAAACUUUAUAAAAUAAAAAAUAAUAAAAGCCAUUGGCCAGUCAGUCCAGCUCAAGAACAAGCUAAUGCAAACAAAUAUUUUUUUAAAUUUGAUUUAAGACUCGACUGUGGCAACAUUCCCAACGUGGUUUGGGAUGGAGUUCCAAAGACCCUUGCAACUCCUGAUUUUAAACGACUUCUUGGACUACCAAAAGUACAACAGUCACUGAUCUCAAGGUGUAAUUAAUAAAUAUAUAUAUAUAUUGCAAAUACAUUUUAUGUUCUUAAUGAACUGUCAAAUUAAACUUCAAAUGUUCUGUACAGUACGUUACCAGAUGUAUUUAAGUCGGGUCAAAUAAAGAUUGGUUUUCAGAAAAUAA